AUAGGCACUCCAGAAAUUUAACAAAAUAUGAAAAACCUCAUUUUUUCAGAUGUUGUCGUCUUGUCUAGACUGUUUGCUAUCAUAAAGCGCGUCUCUUAUAUUAUUAUCAUUGUUUAGAAUUAUCAUGCCAAUGCCAUCAGCCAUAACAUAAUGUUGAUUUUAAAAAAACUGGAAUUAUGAUUUCUGAAUUUUGAGUCGAGAUAUUUUUUUUGUUAAACGUUAAUUCAUGAAAUAAUAUUAUUUAUACAAAAUUUAAAUAGUUUAUUUCGGAUAACAGUAAAAAUGUCUGACGUUAUUCUAAUAGAAUCGGAUGAUACAUCAAGUAUAGAUAGUUCAAAUACUGAUCUCACAACACGAAGCCAUGAACCUGCUAGACGUGGUCGAAAAACUAAAUCCAAACCUUCCAAUAAUACCAAAAAUGUUAAACUUCAGUACAAAUUUUCAUGUGCAUUAAGAGAAGACCAUGGUCAAUCACUAUUUGGUGUUCAAUUUAAUCAUUUAUUAAAUGAAGACCAACCAUUAAUAUUUGCAUCUGUUGGCAGUAAUAGAGUUUCAGUUUACCAAUGUUUAGAUGAUGGUACUAUUAAUUUAUUGCAAAGUUAUGCAGAUCCAGAUACAAAUGAAACAUUUUAUACUUGUGCAUGGUCUGUAGAUGAAAAUGGCAAGCCACUUUUGGCUAUUGCUGGAAAUCGAGGCAUCAUACGAAUUCUUAGUCCAGUCACUAUGUCAUCUAUUAGACAUUAUAUUGGUCAUGGACAAGCAAUUAAUGAAUUACAAUUUCAUCCAAUUGAUACAAAUAUGUUGCUGUCAGUAUCUAAAGACCAUACUUUACGUUUAUGGAACAUCAAAAGUGAUGUGUGCAUUGUUAUAUUUGGCGGUGCUGAAGGCCAUCGAGAUGAAGUUCUCUCUGCGGAUUUUAAUAUUGAUGGUAAUCGUAUAAUGUCCUGUGGAAUGGAUCAUUCGUUAAAGCUAUGGAGUUUAGACAAAGACUAUAUCCAAGAUGCUAUUAAACAAUCAUAUUCUUUCAAUCCAAACAGAUCUGCUCGACCUUUUGAUACUAUUAAGGAACAUUUUCCUGUAUUUUCAACACGUGACAUACAUAGGAAUUAUGUUGAUUGUGUGAGAUGGAUUGGUGAUUAUGUUAUUUCCAAGUCAUGUGAAAAUUGUAUGGUUUGUUGGAAACCUGGUCAUCUAAAAGAUACUGAACUCAAACCAAAUGAAGCUGCAGUAUCACAAAUAUGGUACUAUGACUUUAAAGAUUGUGAUGUAUGGUUCAUUAGAUUUUCUAUGGAUUUCUCCCAAAAAAUAUUAGCACUAGGCAAUACCAUUGGUAAAAUAUAUGUUUGGGACUUAAAUUCUAACGACCAAGCAUCAAUGCGUGUAACUACAUUAGCUCAUCCAAAAUGUAAUACAGUUAUACGUCAAACUACAUUUAGUCGUGAUGGAAAUAUUUUGAUUUGUGUGUGUGACGAUGGUACCAUCUGGCGUUGGGAUCGAUUACAAAGCGUUUGAUAAAAAACAAAACUAUUACUUUUAUAUCCCUUUUUAUAGUAUUGUAUUUUAUUUUUAGCUUAAAUGUAUUUGUUUAUGACUAUUGUUUUGUUUAUAAUAUUAAGUACUCAAAACUCUUGGUUAAGUUAAGAUGACUUUUUUCUACACUGAAACAUUCAAACAUAUUUAUGUAAAUAGUAUUAAAAAACAAAAUAUUAAUGUUAUUUUAAAAUACUACAAUAAAUGUAAUAUUUGUAUGUCUAAUAUUGUUUUUAGUAUAAUCAUUUUUUAUGAUAAAGAAACUGUAAAAUAUAUAAACAAAAUAAGAAAUACUAAUCCUGUGGCACACACAAAGAAUAUUAAGUUAAUUCAAAUUAUUAUUAUUUAUAGGACAUACGUUAUUAUUUCACAUAAUUUUUAUUUAGCAGUUAAGUUCUAAAUUAUAUAAUUAUAUAUAGAUAUUAUAAAAAUUGAUACUAUAUUAGGGCAGUAUAUCAGUCUCAAUAAGUGAAUAAUGUAUUAAGUCACACCAAGUUAGUAACUUCUCUAUGAGGUUACCUCUCAAUAUUUGAUAUUUAUAUACUUAUUGAAAGUUUUUGCAUAUUACAGAGUUAUCAAAUAGAGUAUAAAUUACUCUAAAUUCAAAAUGGAGACAUGAUAAUCUUCUUAUUAAAUAAUUUGUUUAAAUGUUUUCAUUAAGUACAAAUUGCCUAUGUACAUUUUUAAUAUAAUCAAUAAGUCUAUUAAAAUUAAUUUUUAUAUUAAGAAUAUAAUUAUAAUUAAAUUCAUUAUGAUGUACUUUAGA